AUGACGGGUCAAGGAAAAAAUCGAGAGGAGGUGUAUUCUAGAGUACAUGAGUUUGGAACAAGCCAACUUGAUGUUGGUACUACUGCACCAGUAACAAAGUUGCAAGAACCUAAUGAUCAUCAUCAUGAUGAAGACCAAACUUUUGAUCAGUGGUUCGAGACUGAUGAUUUUGCUAAUAUAAGAGAUUCAUUCCUUUGUUUAAGCGAUCUGGUUGAUGCACCAGAGGUGCAGAAACCUAAUGAUGAAGAUCAAAGUUGUGAUCAGUGGAUUAAUGGGUCUAAUGAUUUAGCUUCUAUAGAAGAAACAGUUUCUUCUUUGAUCAAUCCAUCACCGUUUGCUGAAACACCACAAUCAGAACCUCCUGGUCUACGAUACGAUACCGGUUGUGCUGACUCGAAUCUUGAACAAUUCGCUAGAGAUUUAGAAGAUCAACAACAGAGGAUGCAACAAAAAUUCCAGAGAGGACAACAACCUCAACAUUUAAUAAAUCAAAAGUGUACUUAA